UAAACCUCCUUCACACACACAGCGGAGAGGGUGUCCGCGCAAACGGUUCAUUGAGGUCGUGUCGGUCAACAGAAGACUUUUGUUAGGAUAUAUAGAAAACAAGCUAAACAAUACUUCUUAAAAAUAAAACCCAAAUUUGACCUUUUUUUUGGUCUGUCGGGUUUUAGAGGGGGGCUCGAGACUAGCUAACCAGUGUUAGCUAACAUCAUCAAUUAGUCAGUUAGCUAGAUUACACAGCUAGGGACAGUGUUGUACAGCGGAUUAAACGGUUUUUAGGGGGGAUAAGCGUUUAAUUGAGUCGCUGUGAGCAUUUUCAGUGAGCGUCAGGUGAUAUUUAGUCCUUCAGCAAGGUGACGUUGAGGAGAUGGACUUCGUUGCUGGAUGCAUCGGAGGAAAUGUUAUCUGGUUUCAACAUAGACGGAGCUGAGAAGCCCAAACUGGCACCAGCACCUACAUUACGUAACUUUCAAAGGCGCGCUAAAGAAAGUUUUAGAGGGUGAUGAUGCCGAGUGAGUUGGCUCGGGCUCGAUAAGGCCACGUUACCCCGGAGGAGAUGGCAACGUACUCUAAAAUUACACAACAGUGCCAGCAGCAGGAGCAAAGACCGGUCAGACAGGACAACAACUGGUUAAAUAUGCCUGAUGUGUGCUGCUGGAGUCUUGGUUGGACACCCAUUUGACACAGUUAAGGUGAGACUUCAGGUGCAGAGUGUGGACAAGCCUCUGUACCGUGGGACCUUUCACUGUUUCCAGUCCAUCAUACGGCAAGAGUCGGUAUUUGGUUUGUACAAAGGCAUCGGAUCCCCCAUGAUGGGCCUUACAUUCAUUAAUGCUAUAGUGUUUGGUGUUCAAGGAAACACCAUGCGGCUGCUGGGACACGACACCCCCAUGAACCAGUUCCUUGCUGGUGCCGCAGCGGGCGCCAUCCAGUGUGUCAUCUGCUGCCCCAUGGAGCUGGCAAAAACCCGCAUGCAGAUGCAGGGCACUGGAGAGAAGAAGUCCUCCAGGAAGUUGUACAAGAAUUCCCUGGACUGCUUGGCACGCAUCUACAAUCGGGAGGGCCUGCGGGGCGUGAACCGAGGCAUGGUGACCACAUUCAUCCGUGAGACACCCGGCUUCGGAGUGUAUUUCCUGGCCUAUGACGUGCUGACGCGCAGCCUCGGCUGCGAGCCGGACGACCGCUACAUGAUCCCCAAACUUCUGUUUGCAGGAGGCAUGGCCGGCAUCGCCUCCUGGCUCUCCACCUACCCUGUGGAUGUGAUCAAAUCGCGGCUGCAGGCAGACGGGGUGGGCGGAGUGAACCAGUACAGCGGCAUUGCCGACUGCAUGCGACAGAGCAUCAGGAGAGAGGGCUACAUGGUGUUCACGCGAGGCCUCACCUCCACGCUGCUACGAGCCUUCCCCGUGAACGCAGCGACCUUUGCUACCGUCACCCUCGUCCUCAUGUACGCUCGGGGCGUGGAGGAGGGGCCUAAAGACUGCGAGAUGCCUCAGCCAAGCCACCACGCACAGAUGCAGCAGCAGGCCCAACCCUCCAGCCUGUGACGGCACAGAGGUCUCACCCUCACCCCAGGCACUUUACGAGAGCACGGAAAGACAAAAUCUGCAGACUUUAAUACCGUCUUACUCCCAUCAGACCAGUCAUUCCCAAGUUUGAGUCAGAAAAUAACCCGGUUUAUAUAAACGCUUGUUUAUACUUUCAUGUCAAAAAUGAAAAAAAUAUUUAUUUUUUAGCAGUGAUUUUAGGUUUGGGGUUUGCCUCUGAAGAGGCAGACCUGUAAAGGGGAUGGUGUUACCUCCUGUAAAGAUCGUGAAUCUACACGUUUUUAACUGCAGCUUUUAUCUGAGACUUGUUACCGAGCCGCUGUAAGGCUGUGGCUGGUAGUAUGCACAAUGUAGGAGGCUGAUAUUGCUAACAUAUAUAUCUUGAAACGUGCAGUGUUUAGCUGCACCUGUAUAUAUCAUUGACUUUGAUUCAUAUUUUUUUGUUUAAUGUAUAUUUGAAACAUUUUUCCUGCCUUAUAAUAUGAAAACUUUUAUUUUGUUAAAGGAAGCUGAAGCACAUGUUUGUAUCUGAACUGUUUCCUCUGAAGAGCCAAACAAGUGAGAGAAGGACUAAAGCAUUUGAUAAGAACUCGUGUGCUUUCAAACCAAAAAACCAUAUUGCAGCUAUAAUCUAAUCCUCACUAAAGCACUAUUAACUCCGUACAUAUCAGUAACUGCUGUUAACAGAAUCCACUGGUCUGCAGGGCUCUUCAGGGAACGAAUGUAAAGUCAGUGUGUCUGAAUCACGAGUUUAGAUGGUGUUGUUUUAUGUUGUUUGCUUUAUCUGUUUGGCAUGUUGAGUCCCACUAUUUUAUUUUGUUUUACUUUUGUAAAUUCACCUUUUUUUUUAAAAUAGCUUUUAAGGCUGUGUGUGAUACGGUUUUUUCAGGGUUAAAAUGACACGUAAGAGGCUCACUCUUAAGUUUUUGAAAGUUAAAACUGAGAGGCUGAUAAAUGUCCCGGUGUUUAAGGCACUCAUUUAUUUGACACUGUUUGUGUUUACGUGUAACUUGGACCAUGAAGGUGAUUUUUGGCAGUCUGAAGCACCUUUUACACAGCCUGUUCAGGCAGGAAUGUUUUUCCACUUCGGCGCUCUGUAUAAAAUGUACAAUCCUGGAAAAGAAGGACAGAGUAGUUUCGCCUGUAUGCUGCCAGCAGAUGCAGAAACAGUCGAUUCAGUGUAUGUGUAAGUGGUGGGGCGCACGCUGCGUCUUUUACCGCUUUGAAAAUGCGAGGUCGGGAACAUGGUGCUACGCUCCAUGCCUGAUUUCAAAAGCGCAGAAGCAGGUUGCGCCUGAUGAUUGUUAGAAGGUACAAGGCAGAUUUAUUAGUCAUUUUUAAAAACUUGUUUAAAAUAUGAAAUUCAAAUUUGUCCUUGAUCAUGAUACAUACUUGGAGUUGAAGGAGAAAUUCCGGCAGUGCAUUUUUUGAAUUUGCAUCAGAGUGUUGUGUCCUUUCGGCUCUGAACAAGAUCAACAAU